AUGAGAAACUAUACAGGGAUAACAUUAUUUAUCCUUCGAGGACUAACAGAUGAUCCCCAACUAAAGAUUCUGAUUUUCAUCUUUUUCCUUUUCACAUAUCUUUCAAGUAUAAUUGGGAACCUGAUCAUAAUCAGCCUUACUUUGAUGGAUGCACAACUUAAGACACCCAUGUAUUUUUUCCUCCGAAAUUUUUCUGUUUUAGAAGUGGCAUUCACAACUGCCUAUAUUCCCAGAUAUCUCUACAGCUUGUCAACUGGGGAUGAUACUAUCACUUAUAAUGCUUGUGUUGCGCAAAUAUUUUUUGUCAUCCUUCUUGGGGCAACAGAAUUUUUUCUUCUGGCCACCAUGUCCUAUGAUCGUUAUGUGGCUAUCUGUAAACCUCUGCAUUACACUACUACCAUGAACAGCAAAGUCUGUAACCAGCUGUUACUGAGUUCUUGGUUGACUGGGUUUAUGAUCAUCCUCCCACCAAUUAGUCUGGGCCUUAAGCUGGAAUUUUGUGACUCAAAUGUCAUUGAUCAUUUUGGCUGUGAUGCAUUUCCCAUAUUAAAGAUUGCAUGUUCAGACACACAAUUCAUAGAGAAGAUUGUUUUGAUCUUUGCUGUGUUGACACUCAUAAUCACCUUAUUCUUAGUGUUUUUGUCCUAUGCAUACAUUAUCAAGACAGUUCUCAGAUUCCCCUCAGUGCAGCAAAGGAAAAAAGCUUUUUCUACUUGUUCCUCCCACUUGAUUGUUGUUUCUAUUACUUAUGGAAGCUGCAUUUUCAUCUAUAUCAAACCAUCUGCAAAAGAAGGAGUGGCUUUGAAUAAGAUAGUAUCAGUGCUCACAACUUCAGUUGCCCCUGUUAUGAACCCCUUAAUUUAUGCCCUAAGAAACAAGCAAGUGAUACAAGCUUUUAAGAAUUCAGUCAAAAAGAUUUUCUUUCUCUCAAAGCAAUAA